AUGCCAGAAACAAUGACUCAAAAAGAAAAUCUUUUGAGUCUUAUUUCAAUUGAAGUACUCAUAAGCCAUGUUCAUAUUGAUCUGAAUAUAGAAUGUCAUUUGCCUUGUUUAGUUUUUCGUUUACUUGAUUAUCCAGCUAUAUCAAUACCUUAUUUUGAUCAAUGGCAAAUAGAAGAAUUUCAUAAUUUAAAACAAGAUUAUCCAAAUAUAUCCUGGCGUCAAUUAUUGUCUGAUCAAUUUUAUGAACUUCGUUCAACUAAUGGAAAAUUUAAUUUUAAACGUGGUAAAUCAUGUUUAUUUAAAACUUAUUUUAGAACAUUAUAUAAACAUUUAUUAAAUGUACCACUUUUUAUUUUACUUAUUGAUCAAAUAAAUGAUAAUCAUACAGAUAAAUCAUAUUUUAUUGGUAGUUGUAAUGUUAAAUUAAAUGAAUUAAUUGAAAUAUUAAAUCAAUCAAUUAUUAAAAAUGGAAAUGAUAUACCUCUUGUUGAACAACAAACAUUUCAUUGUAUACUUUUUAAUUUAAUGGAUACUAAAAUUGGUACUUGUGAUAUUGCUGUUCGAUUUUGUUAUUAUGGUACAACUAUUUUAACACAUUUACCCAUGCUUAAUGAUGAACAAGUAACAAAAAUAGAUAAAAAAGUUUCAAUUACUGCUAAAGAACAAGCUACUAAACCAACAACUAUUUUACCACCUACAGAUACAAUUGUUAAACAUAUUCAUUUUGUUAAUGAAAAAAAAGAUGUUGGUUUACAAUUAUCUCGUAGUGAUCUUCCAUCAUCAUCAAGUAAUAAUAAAUCAGCUCAAACACGUUGGACAAGUACAAAAACUCGACCAAGUGAUCAUCAUCAAUCAAAAUAUCAAUAUUUACGUACAAUAGAAGAUCCAUCAUCUGAUGAUCCAACUAUUACUUUCUAUCGACCACCACCACUUUAUUAUAAUUCUGAUUCUGAUUUUCUUCAAAUGAUAACACCAGCAUCAACAAAACAAAUAAUUGAACAAGCAAAAGAAAAUCGUUUAUCUUAUCUUGCAUCCAUUCCUAUUGUUAGUUUCAAUGAUGAUAAUGAUGAAAAUGAAAAGGAUCAAUUAAGAAUAAAAUCUACAAAAAAUGUACUUGUUAAUUUAUCUCCAUCAUUGCCAUCAAAAAUUAUUAGUCGAACAACAAUAAUUCCAAAACAACCAACAUUAGCAAAAGAUUUUUUACAUAAUUUUCCACUUCUUCGAUCACUUGUUGAAGAAGCUUUAGCUUUACAACAACAUCAAGAUGAUAUAUCAACAUCAGUUAGACAUGCUAUGUUCGAUGAUCGACCACAUUCAGUCAUGCAACAAAAACAAAAUAAUCUAAAACAAAUUUCAGUACGACCUAAAUCAGCAAUUAAUGUUCGUACAAUUCGAACUAAAUCUGUUAUUGUAACAAGAAAUCUAAAUAAUACACGUCGACUUUAUUCACCUUCAUCAAAAACAAAUAGAAUGAUCGCAACAAAAAAUGAAGUACGUGAUUUAGUUAAUCGUCUUUCGAAGCCAAAAUUUAACAAACGUAUUGAACGAGAAAUUGCAUCAAUUGAUCAAGAUCUACCAAUUCAAGAGCCCGUUGUAAAAACUUCACAUGUCUCUUCGAAACCUACCAUUUCUACUAGGUCUACUAAUACUACAAGAAAGCCACCACCUUCUUAUGGUACAACCCGUGCUCAUCGAUUAAUGAUUGAAUUUUCUCGAGCUCGUCGUGCUGGUUUCCAACCUCAAGCAACUGAUUCACCUAAAUCUCAAGCAUCUUCAAGGAAAGAACCCAUAUCAAAUAGUCAUACUUUUUCAUCCUCACCACAAAUAUUGAAUACUGGCGUAGUUUCACGUUUAUCUCUUCUCAAUAAAGUUGAUGUUGAUACUCCUACUAUACAAAAAAAUAAUAUUCAACGACCAUCUUUGGAAAUAACACCAGAAAAUAUAGGUCCAAUUCAGAAAUCACCAUUAACAACAAGUCAAGAUGUUAGUUUAAAAUUGAAUCAAACAAUAACAAAGAUAACAUUUUCUACUCCUGAACCAACUACCAUACCUCAAUCUAAUCAAGAAAAUGAUGAAAGAAACGAUGAUUUAGUUUUUUCGAUUACUGAUAUAACUGAUUAUUUUACCGAUGGUGAAGAAUCAAGUACUCGUCCACAAAGUCGACAAUCGAUGUGA